AUGAGUUUCAUUGCACCAGGAGACCCGACAUCAGCGUCUUCUGAACAACCGCAAUCAUGGGGUAUCUAUCCUUCCCUCACCCCCACUCCGCUGCAGCCACUAACACUCGCCAGUAUCUCACGAGACUCUCGCCACAAGCGUUCCGCGUCCGGUGCGAAGCGCGCAUACUACCGCAAGAAGAGGGCUUUCGAGAAGGGCCGCCAGCCUGCCAAUACCCGUAUUGGCACAAAGCGUGUCCAUCUUGUCCGCACUCGUGGCGGCAACCGCAAGUUCCGUGCUCUUCGUCUCGAAGCCGGCAACUUCUCCUGGGGCUCCGAGGGCAUCGCCAAGAAGACCCGUGUCAUCGGUGUCGUCUACCACCCCUCCAACAACGAGCUCGUCCGUACCAACACCCUGACCCGCUCCGCUAUCGUCCAGAUCGAUGCCGCUCCCUUCCGACAAUGGUACGAGGCCCACUACGGCUCUUCGCUCGGCCGCAGGAGGCAGGCCAAGGCCGGUGAGAAGGAGGAGGACAAGAAGAAGUCCAACUCGGUCUCCAAGAAGCAGGCCGACCGCUUGAAGAACGGAGGAAAGAUCGAGAACGCUGUUGAGAAGCAGUUCGAGGCCGGUCGUCUGUACGCCGCUGUCUCUUCCCGUCCCGGCCAGAGCGGUCGCUGCGACGGCUACGUCCUCGAGGGCGAGGAGCUUGCUUUCUACCAGCGUCUGCUCAGGAAGUAA